CACAGACUGGAGAUUCUAACGAGUUUUAUCAAGAUCCUACAGAACAUCCUUAUCCCGUGUUUCCACCAGGUGUUUGAGGGUGGUGACGGUGAGAAACUGAUUAGCGGGCCCCCAGCUCCAGACCAGGACAACAUGGAGGACAUCAUCAGUGUCUUUAUCAACAAAAUCAUCGACCCCGACAACCCGUUUGGGACGUCCGAUGCCGUCAGGAUACUCUUACUUCAGCUGUCGUCGCUACUGGUGGAGCAGGCGUCGUCUCACAUACACGACGCUGCUAAUAAGAAACAAGGGAACAAACUCCGCCAACUGAUGACCUUCGCCUGGCCUUGUCUGCUGUCCAAAAACUGUGUCGACCCGGCCACAAAGUACCAUGGCCACCUUCUACUGUCGCAUAUCAUUGCUAAGUUUGCCAUCCACAAGCGAAUCGUUCUUCAGGUGUUCAACAGUUUACUAAAGGCUCAUGCUGUGGAAGCACGCACUGUUGUGAGACAGGCCCUGGAGAUCCUCACACCAGCCAUGCCAGGACGCAUGGAGGACGGAAAUGAAAUGUUGACCCACUGGACUAAGAAGAUCAUCGUCGAGGAGGGACAAACAGUAGCUCAGCUUGUCCACAUACUACAAUUAGUGGUACGUCAUUUUAAAGUGUACUACCCAGUCCGCCAUCAUCUCAUCCCACACAUGGUCAACUCUCUACAUAAACUCGGCUUCACUUCAAGUGCAUCUAUUGAGCACCGUAAGCUGGCAGUAGACUUGGCUGAGGUAGUCAUUAAGUGGGAGAUACAGAGGAUCAAGGACGACCAGGAUCCGUCGUUUGUAGAACCAGCCGAACAGGAACUGAGUCAAGCUCUAACCCAGAACCUUCCAGUAAAAUGAUCAACAUCUGUUGACUCGCCUCAGGAGGCCAAGAGAUCACGUCAUUCCUCAGGAGCGAGUACACAGAGUCAGUCGGACCUUACUAAGCCCAUUGAGAAGAAUUACUGUGAUGCUAUUGUGAAUUUCUUACUGCGAAUAGCAUGUCAGGUAAAUGAGACACCGGGAUCCCC